GGCAAACUCCCAUCACUGCACCAUCACUCCCUUUGUAACGUUCUCCCCUCUUUCUUUUCUGUCGAAUCCUCGUUUCCCUCUCUCCGGCUUCCGACCAUCUUCUCCGGUGAGACAUCACCGCGAAAUCGUGAGAGGUACCCUAACAUCUUCUCGCCGCACCAGUGUUUGUCUCCCAUACCAGAGAUCGUGGGAGGAACCCCAAACCGAUCUCACAGAGCUCAACUCUCUUCCUUCUCCGGCGACGAUUCCCAGAGAUUGUUGGUUCGAGUGACCAAACCCCUCCUAUUUUCCUGUAAGGAGAACUCAGGUUUCAGUGGAUCAGUAUUAUUUACUACCUAUUGGUUCUAGCCAUACAUCAUGCCUCGGUAUUAUUGCGAUUAUUGUGACACAUACUUAACUCAUGAUUCUCCUUCUGUUAGAAAGCARCACAAUGCAGGGUACAAACACAAGGCAAAUGUGCGUUCCUAUUAUCAGCAAUUUGAGGAGCAGCAAACACAAAGUCUGAUUGACCAAAGGAUCAAGGAGCAUCUUGGGCAGACUGCUGCAUUCCAACAAGUUGGUGCAGCAUACAAUCAACAUCUCACUUCUUUCCCAGCGAAUCCUCAAAGACCCCGUCUUCCUAUUCUGCCAACACCUGUUUUGCCAACAGGAGCUCCACAGGUACCUGGGACGUCACUAUUGAUUCCAGGAAUCAGGCCCCCUGUUUUACCUAGACCUGUUGCUGGUCCUCCAGGUUAUGCGGUUGCUCCAUCUAUGCCAUCAGUAUUAGGCCCAUCUGGCACACCUUUGCCCAUGCCAGUAAAUGGAUUGCCAAGGCCUCCGACAAUUAAUGCUCCAACAACUGUUCCUGGGGGCACAGCAGCUCCAGCUCCAACUUCUAAUGGUGCACCUUCUAUGGUUACACCGGCAAUAUAUCAAGCAAACCCAACCACUGCAACAAGUGGAGGUUUUGACAGCUUUAAUACCACUGCUGCUUCAGGUCUACAAAGGCCAAGUCCAAGCGGAACUACUGCUCCUUCAACUACCUCUACUGCUUCACAAGAUGGUUUUACUUAUGGUCAAAAUGCUGAGGCCAAUCAUUAGUAUGGUCAACAGCCUGCCGGGUAGGACUUCACUGCACACUGCAAUUGCCAUAUAGGAUUUUUCAUCUGCUGUGGAUGGUCUAGGUUGUUGUUGACGGUUUUUGAUUGCUGUUGCCAUAUAGGAUUUUUCAUCUGCUGUGGAUGGUCUAGGUUGUUGUUGACGGUUUUUGAUUGCUGUUGGAUAUUAUUAUACUUUAAGCAGCAUGAUAGAAAGUUGUUAUAUGAUAGAUAUGAGGCGUUGUGUCUUUUGUUUCAUGUUAGGUUUUUCUUAUUAUGGUUUUGACUUUUGAAUCUGAUUAAGACUGGGUUACUCUUUUCUCAAAGAAGCUUGUCUUGCUCGUGCACAAGUAAUGAACUAAACACAGAACAAAGUUUGUGUUGCAAAAUCUCAUUAUUCUAUUUGAUCGAGUAAUGGAAUUUGGCAUCAUACAAGAAAGAUUGGUCAUUCCUUUAUCUAAAUUGGUUCACUGAAGAGAGUAGGAAUUCAUUUUGUCGUGCUUUGUUCACAGGAUGUAGGUUGAGAGUAACCCACUUUCCCACUUUAUGAUCUUGUUCCUACAAUUUGUACCAUUGUACUAUGUUAUUUUUUCUUUUGAAAAAACCCACUUUCUGAUUGACUUUGUUCCUGCAAUUUGAAAUGAAAGAGGGGGCAACAGAUUGAUUGUCCGGUUUAGGUUG